AUCGGUGCACCUUUUAAGCAAGUCAGAACUAUACAGUGGUUUUCGUUGGGUAACUGUGUCUUUCAUCAUAGUGUUUCAUAAGUACUCACCUAAACUUAACUAACAACUUAACUUACAUUAAAUAAAAUAAUGAGACGCUCCAAGAAGAAUAAAAUCGUUAUUUUUCUGUGCCUAAUGCUGUUGGCGUUGUUCCACGCGAAUCAAGCCUAUCCGUCGUCCGCCGACAACGAUCCGAGUAAAUAUCAGCAGCCGACCGAAGGCCAUAAUUCCAAUGAUGAUGAUGGUUGGGAACAGGGUGGUGUUCUAAAAACGCCGGAACCCAUUUUCAGCUGUUUUGCGACCUGUAAAAUGCAAUGUCUCGUCUGGCAACAUAUGGGCAAAUGGCGAUGUGACCAAUAUUGGUCGAUUCUAUACACUUGUAUGUGUCAUAAGGAGCACGAAAAACACUAAAGAUCCACAAGUACCUAUAUCUCAACAAUUAUUUAUGUCUCCACAACAGUCUAUGUCCCCACAAUAAUAUCGCCAUCAUUAUCAUUAUAUUAUUAUUGGUAAGUUUUCGUUGUAAUUUUAAUAUUAACAUUUUUUUUUAAUCGUUUUAGAUUAGUCAAAUGAUUAAUGGACCUCUUUCAUUCGUCUUCGUCCAUCACAACUACUUCCAUUUCCUUGUUAGUGUGUUUCUUCCUGUAUCUCCUAUGAUUUGUUUCAUAAAUGGAAUCGUUGAUCUACCUCUUCCUGUUUUCCUUCGAUCUUCCCUUCCGUAAUUUUUUGUUGUCAUCCCUUCAGUAUUUCUCAUUAUAUGUCUGAUCCAUUAUUUCUCUUUCUCUAAUUGUAUUUAAUAGUGUUUUCCGCUCAUUUAUUCUUGAGUAUAAAUAAUAAAGAACAAUAUUUCACCUUUGUAACACACCAUUGGUUAUAUACACAUAGGCACAAAUAGUGUUUGACAUAUAGGAGGCUGAUAAUUUUUUUUUUUUAUUUCUAAGCUCUUCUUUACACU